UAUAACUACAUUUCCCAUAAUCACCUUUGGUAAAUAGUAUGGAAGCCCGUGGGUCCAAUAAUAACAAUUUCGCAUAUCUGUGCUACCGCUGCUGUUCUUAAAGGAGACGCAUCCUAAACAGGCCUUGUCUCAGCCAAAGAAAUAUGAGGUUUGCUAUAGCUUUAAGAAGUAAAUAAUGCUCAGUGUUUGUAAAAUUAUAUUUCUCAUGUACCGUAACUUUUUUUUAUUAAUAAGAUAGCUAAUUAAAUGUCUGCGUGGUGACGGAAAAUUUACUCUUGACCGAGCUAACAAAACUUGGUCCCACCAGGGCCUUCUACGUUGGUCUAAAUUUUCUAUUUCCUCAACUAAGUAGUAACAAAAGUCUUUGAGGGUUUUAACAGUUGAAUAAGAGCGGCAUGGACUCGGAGGAAGACGAGGUUUCAGGUUCUCUUUCUGGUGUUGUAACAACCGGAGACUCAACGGAGGCCCCUACACCAUCCACGGACUCGGUUCAACCGUCCAGGGGGAGGAAAGGACGCAAAAGGCGGGUGAAAACUGCUGUGACCUCCCCGGACCCCGAUGACUCUCGGUCUAAUACCGGAGGUUCUGUGCGUGUUUUGCGAGCCAGGGGAGCUAUAGUUGGCACAGCUACUGGGUCCAAGAAUGCCACCUGCAAGAAAAAACCUGCUAGUCUGCUUCGUGAACGUGGUAAAGCUGCGGGAUCACGCUCCAAACACUCACCUGUCAUGCAAACUGCCAUUAAGAAAACCAGAACCAAAAAAGUAUCCAAACACCCUCUUGGACCAAAGCUGUCCAGAUCUAGAAGGGGCAAAGGGAGACCCCCAGCCCAAGCCUCACACACUACACAAGCAACAGCGUUCAAGUCCGAAGCAGGGAUGGAGGCUUCAUCAUGUGGAGAGGAAACAGGUGAUUUGAAAGGAAGCAGUGACAAUUUUGCAGAACCAGACGCAGCUCUCAGCGAGGACCCUCCAUUCAGAGAUGACCCCGAUGACCUCAUCUACAAACCCUGAGACAAAGAUGUACGUUGAAUGUUAUUUC